AUGGUUCUCUUCGACGAAGACCCCGUCACUGUGCACAGCGACCUGCAAUCCAUCUCGCGUAUCCACUCCUCUCUCUCCACCCUGCGCAGCGCCCGCUCUCUACGCUUGAACGCCCAACACACCCAACUCGCCCAGCUCUCCCGAAAAGCACAACACCUACGCGCAACCCACGAUUCCGAAAUCUCACGUCAUGAUCCUGCCGCUCACGCUUCCGAUAUCUUAGCACUAGACACUGAGAAAUUCAGGGUCGCAAAGGCUGCCAAUGAGCUAGAGAUUGAGGGUGAGAGAUUAGGGUCCGAGGUUUAUACGCUCAAGAAGCAGUUGCAAAGAUUAGAAGAGCAGGGUGAUGAUGUGGAGAGUGCUGAGAACAAGGCUGAAGAUGAGGUCGUAUUAAAACUAGGCGUUUACCGCAGCUUGGGCAUCGACGCCGAGCAAGAUCACAACACUGGCGAUUUCUCCCGUGCCGUCAUUAGGAAUGCCGCAAAGGGAAGCGUCAACGUGGUCAACCUGGAUCCCAAGUUCGAUCGCUUCUUUUACGCAAACCAUUUCUGGAACAGCAUGUAA